AUGUCUUUCCUUCAUAAUCAUUCUUGCGAGUGCGUUAAGUCAGAAUUGGAUUUGUUUGCACUACCGUCUACACAAACUAGCAUUGAAAAUGGAUUGUGGAUUCAUUAUAAACAAAUUUCAUCUCUUGGUGAUGAUGGACCUAUCGAGUUUCAAGUUCCUGGGACCGGCGAUGACUACAUAGAUUUGUCUCAUACAUUACUCCACAUAAAGGCAAAAGUAUUAAAUCAAGAUUCAACUAACUUGGUAUCUACUACAAUAGUAGCACCUGUAAAUAAUUGGCUGCAUUCACUUUUUAGUCAACUUGAUGUUUAUUUAAACCAAAAACUUGUAUCACCACCUAAUAAUACCUAUGCAUAUCGAGCAUACAUGGAAACCCUUUUAAACUAUGCCCCUGCUGCUAAACAAUCUCAUCUUACUUGUAGUCUUUGGUAUGAGGAUACAGCAGGAAAAAUGGAUUCUACAGAUGGUAAAAACAUAGGAUUUGUUAAAAGACAGGAAUUGAUUAGUGAAAGUAAGGAAAUAGAAAUGAUUGGUCAUCUUCACGGUGACAUUUUUAACCAAGAUAAAUUUUUAAUUAAUGGUGUUGAAAUGAGUGUUAAAUUGGUUCGAUCAAGAGAGAGUUUUAAUUUAAUUGUUGGGUCAAACGAUGUAAAGUUUAAAGUUUGCAUUACGGACGCAACUCUUAUUGUGCGACGAGCACGAAUUAAUCCAAGUGUAUUACUCGCACAUCAAAAAGUUUUAGCUUCUACCACUGCUAAAUAUCCUAUUACUCGAGCUGAAGUAAAAGUUUUAACAAUUCCUUCAGGUGUUCAAGGAAAAACUCUUGAUAAUAUAUUUUUAGGACAGGUACCGAAAAGAUGUAUAAUUGGAUUUGUGAACAAUUCUGCAUUUAAUGGUUCCCUUACUAAAAAUCCAUUUAACUUUGAAAACUAUGGUAUUAAUUCUUUCAGCUUAUAUAUUGAUGGUCAACAAAUACCUUCAAAAGCUUUGCAACCAUCUUUUAAUAAUAGCAUAUUUACAUCAGCAUAUCAUACUCUAUUCUCGGGAACUGGUAUUCACUUUCUUAAUGAAGGAAAUGGAAUCUCUUGUGAACAGUAUGGCAAAGGUUACUGUCUAUUAGCAUUUGACUUAACUCCUGAUUUAUCAGCUAACUCAUCAACUCAUUGGAAUCUCAUAAAGCAUGGUAGUGUAAGAAUAGAAGUACGAUUUGAAUCCUCAUUAAUACAAACAAUUAACUGUAUAGUUUAUGCUGAGUUUGAUAAUAUUAUUGAGAUAGAUAAAAACAGAAAUGUUACUGUAGACUAUAGUAGUUAA